AUGCAGACAUCAGAGAUGAGGGAUUUAUUUGGUGUUGAUAUGGCGGAGUUGCAGCGGCGUCAGAGCGUGCUGCAGCAACUUGAGCGAAAAAAAGAAGAACAAAUUGAAGCAUUUAGAAUUCUCUUCUCUCACGACAACAGCCUGUCUGUACACCCCAACCAGCAGCAGCAGCAGCAGCAGCAAAUGCAGCAACAGCUACAGAUGAAUACACAACAGUUUCAGUUCACAAAUAAUGCAAACCAACAAUUCUUAGAAGACUAUGGAGACAGCACAACUGCCUCUACACUUGAUGAGGGAAUUGGGGCUGCUGAGGGAGUCGGGGGUUUUAUGCAUGCAGAAGAAGAGAUCGUGCAUGCACAAGAAGAACAGCUAUCAUUUCUUGAGGGUUCAGUUAGCAAUUUAAAAUCUUUAGGAUAUGCAAUUAAAGAAGAGGUGUCUGUACACCACAGAUUAUUAGAUGCUACGGAGACAGAAGUUGAAAAGGCAGAUGCACAACUUAAAAGAAAUAAAAUUCUUCUUAAAAAACUCAUGAAGAGACACUCUACGCUCUGUCUCCUUCUUAUUGCAGUCGCACUCCUCUGUCUCCUUGUCUUUCUUCUCGUAUUCACAGCAUAA